CACCCCACCCCUGAUAUUAACUAUUUCCUCUCGUCUCCCCUCCAGGCCCGGAUCAAGAAGAUCAUGCAGACGGAUGAGGAGAUUGGGAAGGUGGCCGCUGCCGUCCCUGUCAUUAUAUCCCGGGCGCUGGAGCUCUUCCUGGAGUCACUCCUCAGGAAGGCCUGUCAGGUGACACAGUCCAGAAAUGCCAAGACCAUGACCACCUCCCACCUGAAGCAGUGCAUAGAGCUGGAGCAGCAGUUCGACUUCCUCAAGGAUCUGGUGGCCUCGGUGCCUGACAUGCAGGGAGAUGUGGAGGAUAACCACGCUGAGGGCGAGAAGGUCUCCAGGAGGGGCCGGAAGCCGGGCAGUGGGCGGAAGAACGGCGGCACUGGCAGCAAAGGAAAGGACCCGAAGCAGUCAGGCACGGACUCCGAGCAGGAGGAGGAUUCUGAGGACAGCGAGAGUGAUGGGGAGGAGGAGACGUCCCAGUCCACGCCCCCCAGCCGCCCCACCACCCACUUCCCCAGCUCUCCGGCGCCAUAUUUGCACUUCACCUGCCCCCCACAGUCCACCAUGGCCAUGCCUGUCUCCGUGCCCCCGGCCCUGCCUGCCAUGAUGCCCUCUGCGCCAGCACCCCCCGCCCCAGCACAGGACGAGGAGGAGGAAGAUUAUGACUCGUAGCCCCGUUUCCUUUUAGUUUGUUUUAGUUGCUGCAUUCGGGGGGGAGGGGGUGGUUCUUAAAUUUAUUAAAAAAAGAGAGAAAAGCAUUUUACCUCCACGUGGUUUGUUUUUAUUGUGUCCCUGGGUUGGGCUCGAACCCCUGAUUCUCAGAGCCCAGAUCGCCUCGUCCCUCCCCACUGUGUCAUCCCUCUCUGUGGCGCCUUCCCCAACAGACAGAGUGUGACUGAGCCAACCCAGUGAUUAGCUGCAGGUGUCUCCAGAGAUGGGAAAUGGGGACAAAACAGCCACUCCAGCUUGUGAAACCUCCUCCCCUUUCAUUGUGACUUGAUUUCUCCCUCCUCAGCCCCAAGGAAUCAGGGUUUUUUUUCCCAGAGAGUGUAGGGCUAGCGCUUACAUUGGUGUUACGGGUGUGAUCCAGGCUUUGUGUAGGACAUUCAGUUCCAUUCCAGGCCUCGGUGUUGUCAGUCUGUCAGAUCACGGGGCUCUUUGGCGUUGGGUAAGAUUUUUUUCAGUGGUGCCCUCAGCUCUGCCCCCACCCAGCAACCAUGGUUCUUGGUGGGGGCGCUGAGCUCUAUUUUUCUUAGAAGCAGGAUAUUUGGUUCCAUCCCAGCCCUGGUUCGGUGUCCCCCUUUUCUCUGCUCCCAGCACUGCUCUCUCAGAUCCUGGGGUGGGGGCCUCUUUGUACUGGCUGGUCCUACAUCCAUUGGAGGAGGGAGGGACACAGUGAAUCUCACAAGCAGCUUCUCCCCUUGUCCCCCAUCACUGCAUGUGAAAUUCACUUGGAUCUGAUGAUUGGUUUGGGAUGACUCUGAAGUAGGGAGAUGUAAUUAGAGCGGGAGAAGGAGUCCCCCCACAUGAAAGGACUCAGUGUCUCUGGGCAUGUCUAUCCUGGGCUUAACUGUAUCUGCCACUGGAAGAUGGUCCUGUGGUUUCACCCAUCAGAAUCCCCAACACACACCCAGCUGCCUCAAUUUCACCCCCGGGAUGGGGGCGAGGAAUCUGUGAGCUAUGGGGCUUUUAAGCACUCUUUUUAAAAAUGAAUGUCCCAGGCGCUGUAUGUUCUCAAUCCUUCAUGCCAUUUGCAUGUCCCCCUCCAAGUGGGACUGGGAGCCAGCACUCUUGGGAAGGGAGUGGGAUCUAAUAAUUAGAGCAGAGAAGUGCUGGGAGCCAGGACUCCUGGGUUCUUUUCCCCUCUCCCUCCCUGUCCUUUCUGUCCCUGGAUAUUGAGUGGAUUCAAUCUCCAUUCUUUUCUUGCGGCUAAACCCCAGGGCUCCAUCACCCCACCCCUGUGCAGUGUAGUCCUAAGGUUCCUAAGAGGCAGGAAUUUCCACAGCGCCUUUUUACACGGAUCUGUCCUGUUGGGAAUGGGUUGUUUCCAUGUGGGGGGUGGGUCCUGGCAUCCCUUCAGGGCAGGGGUGCUUUAAGCUA